AUGUGUAAUUUUUUAGAAUAUAAAGACGAAAAAGUUGUAUAUCGAAGAUAUGCUAGUCUAUUUUUCGUCACCGGAAUUUCUUCAACAGAUAAUGAAUUAAUAACACUUGAGAUUAUUCACCGAUUUGUAGAAAUUUUAGAUCGAUAUUUUGGAAAUGUUUGUGAAUUGGACUUGAUUUUCAAUUUUCAAAAGGCAUAUUUUGUUUUGGAUGAAUUGAUUAUUGCAGGUGAAAUGCAAGAAUCAAGUAAAAAAUCAGUAUUACGUGUGGUUAGUCAACAAGAUGCUUUAGAAGAUGGCGAAAAUGGAGAAAAGGGAUGGCAGGAAAAAUAG